AUGAAGCUCUCACUUCUUCUCGCACUUCUGCCCGUGGCUCUUGCCCUUCCCGCCCCAGUCAUCGUUCCCCGUGCUGGCAGUCCUAUCCCCGGAAGAUACAUCGUCAAGAUGAAGAAUGAGAACCUCCAGGCUCUGAUCGACGCUGCCUUGAAGGUUCUCAAGAAGGACCCUGUCCAUGUCUACAAGUUCGCCGGCUUCGGUGGUUUCACUGCUGAUAUGGCUGAUGACAUUGUUGAGCUGCUUCAGAACCUGCCCGGUGUCGACUACAUCGAGCAGGAUGCCGUUGUCAAGGCCAACCUGGGCGAGAUCCACCUCGAGAAGAAGGCCUACGUCACUCAGUCUUCUUCUACCUGGGGUCUUGGUCGUAUCUCCCACCAGGCCAAGGGUAUCAGCUCCUACACCUACGAUGACUCUGCCGGCGCUGGUACUUGCGCCUAUGUCAUUGACACUGGUAUCUCCACUACUCACCCCGAGUUUGAGGGCCGUGCUACUUUCCUCGCCAACUACGCUGGCGAUGGCUCAAACACUGAUGGCAACGGUCACGGCACCCACUGCGCCGGUACCAUUGGAUCCAAGACCUACGGUGUAGCCAAGAAGACCAAGCUUUACGCUGUCAAGGUCCUCGACGCCAGUGGUUCUGGUACCAACUCAGGUGUCAUUGCCGGAAUCAACUACGUCGCCAAUGAUGUCAAGACUCGCAGCUGCCCCAACGGUGCUGUUGCUAACAUGUCUCUUGGUGGAUCCCGUUCUACCGCUGUCAACACUGCUGCAGCCAACGCUGUCACCGCUGGUGUCUUCAUGGCUGUUGCUGCCGGUAACGAGGCUCAAGAUGCUGCCAACUCCUCGCCUGCAUCGGAACCCACUGUCUACACUGUUGGUGCCACCGACAGCUCGGACCGUCUCGCCUCCUUCUCCAACUACGGUUCCAUUGUUGACAUCCUUGCUCCCGGUGUAUCCAUUCUCUCCACCUGGCUCAACGGCGGCACUAACACCAUCUCCGGUACCUCCAUGGCCACUCCCCACGUUGCUGGUCUCGGUGCCUACAUCCUAGGUCUCGAGGGCAAGAAGACCCCUGCCGCCCUUUCUUCCCGCCUUACUGCUCUUUCGCUGAGGAACAAGAUCACUGGUCUUCCCUCCAGCACCAAGAACUACCUUGCCUUCAACGGCAACCCCAGCGGUUAA